AUGUCUCCUCCAUCCCCAACAGAAUUCGAUAUCAUCUUUGCUGGAGGUGGUGCUACAGCCUGUGUCGUUGCAGGCCGCCUAGCUGCAUGUGAUCCCUCACUAAAGAUUCUGAUUCUCGAAGCUGGUGAACACACCUUGGACAAACCUGCUCAUGUUCAACUUUACCAGUAUCCAUUCCAUAUGGCCCCAACAACCACAACACUCACAUUCAACUUCGGAAAUCCCUCUCCACAUCUCAAUGGACGUGCUUUGGUUGUUCCAUCUGGUCAUUCAGUAGGUGGAGCAUCAACUAUCAAUUUUGGGGCAUACACUCGUGCACCUGUCUCAGAUUAUGAUGAUUGGGCAGUUGAAGGUUGGGAAUCGAAGAAUUUGAUCCCUCUCAUGAAGAAGUUUGAGACAUACCAGGUGCAGCCUGGUUGUCCAACUCAUGGGUACACAGGACCUGUCAAGGUGUCCCCUGGUGGGCAUAAACUAGCCAUCAGUGAAGAGUUUAUUUGUGUUGGUAUGACCUAUCACAAGAGGCCAUAUUCCGAAGACACCAAUGAUUUAAAAACAUGUAAUACAUACAGUCCAUGGGCGAAGUACAUUGAUAGCACCACUGGAAGGCGCUCCGACGCGGCCCACUGCUAUGUCUACAACCAAGCUCAGAACCCGAACUUACAAAUAUGGGUUGGCAAGCGCGUGACACGCAUCAUUUUCGAGGACAAACGUGCUGUAGGUGUCGAGUUUACCAAUGACCCUGUGUCUUGCCCAGGCGCAGACCAGUCAUUGAGUACUGUGAAAGCUUCAAAGCUCGUCGUCGUAUCUGCUGGAGCAUUUGGUUCCCCAGCUAUUCUCGAGAGGUCUGGUAUUGGCGCCGAGGCAGUGCUCAAACGAUGCGACAUCAAACCACUUGUUAACCUGCCGGGUGUCGGGGAGAAUUACACAGAUCAUGAUGCUGUUUUGGUUCCAUACUUGGCUGCUGACGAGGCAAUCACCAUGGACCCCCUCUGGCGCGGGGAGGAGAGUGCUACAAAAGAUGCCCUCGCACAAUGGACCGCUAAUGGAACAUCACUUAUUGCUUCGAAUGGUGUCGAUGCGAAAAUCAAGUGGCGUCCUGAUGCCGAGGAGCUGAAAGCUAUGGGUCCAGCCUUCCACCAACGAUGGAACGGGUUCUUCCGAGACCACCCGGACAAGUGUGUUGCAAUAUUUUCCUUGAUCGCAGGAUACCUUGGACCGCUUGUUGGUACCCUUCCGCCCCGCAACUACAUGAUGGCUGCCUACUUCACACUUUACCCCGCAUCUGCUGGAAGCGUGCAUAUCAAAGUGGACGAAAACGGUAAAGAGGCGCUCGAUUUCACGACAGGGUUUUUGGAAGAUCCAUCCGAUAUCGUACCAAUCAACUUUGCAUACAAGAAGAUGCGCGAAAUCUACCGAAGGUUGCCUUCCUACCGAGGCGAACUCGCUGUAGGUCAUCCUAAAUUCCCAGAGGGAAGCGCUGCGGCCUGUGGAGAAGCAUCUGGGCCAGUUGACCUAAAUGCACCUGACAUCAUCUACACUGCCGAAGAUGACGAGGCCAUUGAAAGCUAUCAUCGUGACUGCGUGCAAACGACUUGGCACUCGCUCGGUACCUGCGCCAUGAAACCGCGUGCGGAACAAGGAGUCGUUGAUGCUCGGCUAAACGUGUACGGCGUCACAAACCUCAAGGUUGCUGAUAUGUCUAUUGUGCCAAAGAAUGUCGGCACGAACACGUAUUCGACGGCGCUCCUCAUUGGAGAGAAGGCUGCGAUGAUCAUUGCUGAAGAAUUGGGACUCGAUUAUAACGUCUAG